CGCGAGCCGGCGUCCGCGCUUCCCUCGCCGGCAUCCCCGCUCCCACCGACGGCGUCAAAGUUCAGUCGGGCGCACCAUGUCCGAAGCUCCGUGUUUCAAGGGCUUGGAGUUUAGAGUUGCCGGCGAGGCGAUGGAAGUUGGUUAUCGAGGGGGAGAGGUGUUGAUAUGCUGAGGAACGUCGUUCGGGAUGUACCAAAGGUCUAUGCUUAUUCCCUUCGCAUUCUCAACGUUUUGAGCCCAAGUGAGCCCGUCGGCAGGCCAGGCUUGUGUCUCUGUCUCGUACCGGGCCCCGGCCGCCUGAUAUCGGCAGUGUUCUUAUUCUUACUGGCUUCGGCCAGUCGUCUCGAGCGCGUCGUUGCAUCGCACGAGUCCCUCUUUCUUUCCCUGCCUUGCGUGAUUUCCCGGGCUUUCUCACUCGCGAUGAGCUUGGAUAAGCAGAAUAUACCAUUUCGUAUGUAGAUCUCGUACUACGAGGGAGGGGUGGA